CGGUAAUUUUCUAUAAAUUUUCAGUUUAAAAUUUUAAUGCCAGUUCAGCCCAAAUCCGCUAAACAAUUGAAAACAAAUCAUUUUCUAGUAUCUCUUUCACACAUCUUUAGCAGGUCUACUUUUGAAUUCUGGCUGAAAUAUCAAAUGGCUGGAAAACAGUUUAGCUGAUGAUUGAUUCAGAGCAAUGCUGUGCGGAAGUUGGAUGCCGAGCUCAAAUGAAAUUAUAUAUGUAUUCUCGAGACAUGUUCUUGACUGAUCCUUAAAUUGUUUUUUGGUUAUCGAAAUGCAGCAACUGAAGAAAUAACAGAAUGGCUUAAUCAGGUCUGCAGUUGGCUUCAACUGACGGUAUGAGCCAGUUGGACUUUGAUGGCCAUCGCGAUAAAACAUUUGAUAGUGGGAAACUGACAAUCGAGAGAGUAGCAGACUUGUUAGGACCACAAGCAAUGCUCAGCCCAAUAAGUAACACAAGUGAACAUGAGUCUGGAACAAGCACCGGGACAAGUCUGGACAAGCUGGGAGCUCUCAGAGUGGAUCCAAUAUCCAUUCCCACCUCCUCUCCCUCCUACCCCACCAUUGCUCCGGUUUUGUCUCCCCAAUCGCAGUCCAGGUCAACCACCACACCCGCACACCUCACAGCUGCAGGCAUGUCACCGAUCAAAAGACAGCGUGCCCUUUCCACGAAUGAGAAAGAGAGGCCUCCCUUAUUACAGUCGACAAAAAGAGAGAUCUACACGAGAGGAAGACCCCCCUGGUACACUCUGACUGGUAACAACAUGAAGGAAGCCUUCAUCAUAGGUUUGUCAGGUGGCAGUGCCAGCGGGAAGACCACUGUAGCUGCCAGAAUAAUAGAGGAACUAGAUCUGCACUGGGUCGUCAUCCUAUCAAUGGACUCAUUCUACAAGGUUCUAACAGCGGAGCAAGUAUGGAAGGCAAAUGAAUGUGAUUAUAACUUCGACCACCCGGACGCCUUCGACUUCGAAUUGAUGAAUGAGACUCUGAGGUCUCUGAAGGCCUUCAAGAGGACAGAAGUGCCCCAGUACGACUUCUCAACUCACUCCAGAAUGAAGGAUUGGAAGACCUACUAUGGGGCCAAUGUUAUUCUGUUCGAAGGUAUCUUGGCGUUUGUUAACAAAGAAGUUCGUGACUUGCUUGACGUGAAAAUAUUUGUGGACACUGAUUCAGACAUCAGGCUGUGUCGCAGACUAUCGCGUGACAUCAGUGAGAGAGGACGAGAUUUGAGAGGUGUCUUAAAACAGUACGACAAGUUUGUCAAACCGGCCUUUGAUUCGUACAUCGAACCAUCGAAACUCUAUGCUGAUAUCAUAGUACCACGCGGAGCCGAGAAUGAGAUAGCGAUUGACAUGAUUGUGAAGUUGGUGAGCAACAAGUUUCUGGAAGCAGGCACCACCAUCCGAGCUGAGCUGGAUCAACUUAACCACCGGCAAAUGGAAGGAGCAAAGCCCAACCUACUCCCACAAACCAACUCAGUCCGCGCUCUGCACACGAAGUUGAGGAAUAAGAACACCCCACGUGACCAGUUCAUUUUCUACUCUCUCCGACUGAUGAGGUUAUUAGUUGAGUACUCUCUUUCUCUUCUGCCAUACGAAGAGAGUGCAGUCUCUACCCACAUGGAAAACCCCUACCGAGGCCUCAAAUUCACUGGCGCAAUCUCAGCGGUGAGCGUACUUCGAUCCGGCGAGACCCUUGAACAAGCUGUGGCAGAAGUAGUGAAGGAUGCCAAAAUAGGCAAACUUCUCAUCCAGACGAACCCAAACACGUUGAACCCUGAACUGUACUAUCUGCGGCUGCCAAAAGAUAUCAAGAAUGACUUUGUGCUAUUGCUGGACUCCACUGUGACAUCUGGUGCUGCUCUGUUAAUGGCCAUCCGCAUCUUGCUCGAUCAUGAAGUGGAAGAGGAAAAAAUUAUCGUGCUGACUCUAGUCGUCUCGCAAAGAGGUUUGAAUGCCGUUUCUUACGUGUAUCCCCGCGUGAAGAUUGUUACUUCAGCUGUUGACGAUAUCGACUCUGACAACAAACAUUGUCUGGUGCCUGGAAUCGGCAGUUUCGGAGACCGGUUCUUCGGAACUGACAUCUACUCAACAAGCACCAGCUUGGGGACUGCGAAGUUAGAACAAUUACUGCAGGAAGUGAAAGACGAAUCAAGGUCGUCGUGCAGCGAAGAUAUCGAAGAUUAUGAAUCAUAGACGAAAGAAACUUCAAAAAGUGUAUCCUAGAAGCAUUCAUAUGUGAUGUUCAUAUGUGACGACGUUGGCUAACGCUCUAUAAUUCAGCUGUGAAACUUGGUUUAAAAUGUUUCCCUUUGUUUUCGUUUCAUUUUUGUUUCAAUCUAUAAUUUAGGCGCUCAGCUAUCAUACUUGUACUUGGUAUUGUUUGUGUUCAAUUAAUACUCUUGAUUUAGUGUUAAUCUAUUUGCCGUUUGAUUAAAUUUUCAUUCCGCUGUAUGUGGAAAAUUCACCUCAUUUGCUUGCAAUAUUCUAUCCAAGAAAACUCGAUAAUUUAUCGGUUAAUUUGUACUCUAUUUAUUGACAGAAUAUUUGGUUGCUACCAUAUUCAAAGUUGCUACGA